ACGAUGCUAAAAUGGAAACUUGUCGUACACCAGAAAAUGCUGCACGUUCACUUUAACUGAACACAAUUUUUCAUAAUGUACAAUAAUUUGGUAAACAUUAAAAUGGUAAACGAACUCAAUAAGCCGCCUUCUCAGGAGAAUUUAGUGCUUGGUGAGCGUCUGCUCGCCUCUCAACGUCAGUUGCAAGAGAUGCAAGAGGAACAUCGACAAUUGCUACAAGAAAUGGAAAUACUGCGACAACGGGCUGCCGCAUUGAGUCAUUUGAAUGAACAGCAAUACGGGCAUGUGGCUGAUCAUCGCAGCGGUAGAUCAGUUAUAAACACCGCAGACGAAAGUACUACGAGUACAAGCAAUCAAACGGUUGCCUCAGAGCAUGUCGAUUUGAACGAUGUGGAGCAAGAAAACACUAACCCAGCAACAUCAAUUGAAGCUGUGGAACAAACAACAACCGAUUUAAAUACGAGCGCAAACAAUACAGAAACUACAAAUCCCGCUGCGCUACCAAACGCCGCCGAUAACGAUGAAGACGAUGAAGAUCCAGAAACUGCUGAGUAUUUACAGAAAAAGUUGGCUGAGAUUGCGCAAUUAAAAGCACGUUUUAAGCGAGUCCAGAACAUAAUGAACACCACUGAUAUGAUAGAGGAGCAUAUCACCUCAAAGGCUAUACCAAAUAAUUCUGUUACAACUGCGUUGGAAAAUUCAUUGCAUAAAUUACUCAUUGCGGAUAGUUUGUCAGACGUGCAGUCUCCGCAAGUCACUAGCACCACAAUUACUCAGCCAAAUAUUAAGCCAAGCGAAGAGGGAGUCAAUAAACAAGUUGACCCAACGAAGAACGAAAAUACGAUCAAUGACGACGAACAAACGCUUAACGCCUAUGCACCAUCAUCAGAAGCAGCCAACGAGGAGCUUCUCUCGGCCAUGAUGAAUAUGUUUAGUGAUUUUACAGCAGAUCUACGUAGUCAAGCAGACGAUUUGCGAGCCGAACGUGAUCGUUUGCGUGCGCUCAAGGAAGAUCUUUUGCGCCGAAAACGUCAGUCAUAAAAUGUUGUUAGUCAAAACUAUCACCCCGGAUGGUCUAAGCUAACUAACGAAGCCACAAAAUAAAUGUUUAACUGACUUGGAAAAGUGGUGUAGACAUGUAUUUAUGCCAUAAAUUAUGGGAAAACACCAUGAAGCGGCUAAAUAUAAUAUAACGCUGGAUUGAAGUCAACAACCAAACAACUUUCAUCGAUUUAGGUGGUGUGCAAGUUCGUUCAAAUUUUAGUUCCUUAGCUAAUAUUUCACACUUUCCAGGACGAACUCAAUUUAGGAAAACUGCAGCUACACUGUGCGAGUUUGUUUGAUAGCCUA